AUGCACCUCUGCCUCGGCCGGCGGAUCGGCCGCGGUGACCCGCGGCCCCGGCCGGCCUUCCGCUCCUGUCUGGCACCAUCUCCCGAAGCCCGGAGACCCAGGAAGCGGGUGGUGUUCGCAGACACCAAGGGGCUCUCUCUGACGUCCGUGCACAGCUUUGAGGAUGCUGUGGGCGCAGACUCAGAGAAGGACUCCUGCGGUGGGUCCAGGGGCGCGCGCCCCGCACCGCCCAGCUCGCCAAAGCCAGGACCCUCGGUUCCGAGCCGCCCGGCCCCGGGCAGGACUCCGGGGUCCGCCGAGGCGUCUGCAGACCCCACGGAGGCCCGGAGCAGUGCGCGCGGCCGGGGGCCUCCCGCGAGGCGCCGUGCGGGCUCAAGGACUAGGUUUCCAGAAGGAAGGCACGCGCCAGGAGCGCCCACGGCGCUCAAUAGGUCUCUGCAGCAGCUAGCCCGGCCAGGGCAGCAGUCUUCACCCUCCAGCUGGCAGCUCCGCAGCUCCUGGGCGCGCCCACAUGGAGCUAGUGACCCGGCAGCCCGCCUCUCCACCUCCCGCACCGCCCCCUCGGUUCCCCGCCUCCUCGGCCCACCACUCGGGGCCCGGUCGGCCUGGCUCCCCGCGCCCCGCCCCUCGGAGCCCCGCCUCCUCACCUCCCCGGCCCACCACUCGGCGCCCCGUCUGCUCAUCUCCCGGCGCCCAGCCCCCUAUCGCCCCGCCCCUCUGGGCCACGCCCAGCCCGGCCGGGCGCGCGCCGGCGCGUGGGUGCGGGGCGUGAGGUUAGACGGUGGCGGGCGGGGGUGGGGCUGGGACGCGAGGGUCACGUCAAGGCGGCGUAGACAAAGGGCGGGCGCGCGCACGUCCCUACGCACGCCUGGGGCCGGCGGCGGCGGCGGCGGUAGCGGCAAGGGCGGGACGGACGGUCCGCGGAGGGAUUUGGCGCCCAGAGCCUCGUGCUUGGUGAGUCGUGCGCGGCCGCCGCUUCCUGAAGGGCACGGGCCUCUAGCGGGGAUGGGGGUUUGGGCCGGUGGCCGCGAGGGCCCGGUCGGGGGACCGCCCUCUCCCUGCGCCGCCCCGGCGUCGGGAGGCACCACUGCCGCUGCCGGGGUGGGGGGUUCCGGGCGGUGGAGCGGCCCGCCCGUCCUCGCCGCGCCCUCCGUCCGGGGCCGGGCCCGCGCCCCCGCGUCCCCGCGUCCCCGCGCCCCCGGCGUGUGA